GGAGGGAGACAGCUGGGCGGGGCUAGGCCCUGUCCUAUCAAAGGUGGCAAAGGCCAAUGAUUCUCCAGGCUGCCUCUCCCAGAAAAGUCAUCUUCUCGCGAACCUUUAAAAUUCCUGCCUUCUGAGAUACCUUGAGGGGCUAGAAUUGUCUACCUCAUCCAUCGUCUUCCUCAUUACAAAAGUGGCCAGUCCCGUUUGCUACCAUGAGGAUGUACCAAUUGAAACCGUGUAAAGGGAGCGAGUGGUGACUGGCACUCCUGAUUACUGGCUGCUGCUUACUUUGGCGCUACCAAACUUCUGGCAAAAUCGGAAUUGCGUGUUAGACAACUCCUACUCUUCUUCCUGGCGCUGUUCCAGAGCCGACGCCACGUUCCGUGGUGGGCGCGCAAUGGCCGCGCCCCCUCCCGCUGCGGAAGCGUCUUUUGGUACAUACAGUACGAGGUCGCCAUGGAUCGGAUGAAGAAGAUCAAACGGCAGCUGUCGAUGACACUCCGAGGGGGCCGAGGUGUAGACAAGGCCAAUGGUGCCCCUGAGCAGAUAGGCCUGGAUGAGAGUGGUGGUGGUGGUGGCAGUGAUCCUGGAGAGGUCCCCACACAUGCUGUCCCUGGGGAACCUCGCUCUGGACGGGGCCUACUCAGCGCUGCACAAGAGAUUGUGCAUGAGGACUUGAAGAUAGGGUCUGAUGGAGAAAGUGACCAGGCUUCGGCUACAUCAUCAGAUGAGGUGCAGUCACCAGUGAGGGUGCGCAUGCGCAAUCAUCCCCCACGCAAGAUCUCCACUGAGGAUAUCAACAAGCGCCUGUCACUACCAGCUGACAUCAGGCUGCCUGAGGGCUACCUUGAGAAGCUGACCCUCAACAGUCCCAUCUUUGAUAAGCCACUCAGCCGCCGCCUCCGUCGUGUCAGUCUGUCCGAGAUUGGCUUUGGGAAGUUGGAGACUUACAUCAAACUGGACAAGCUGGGCGAGGGCACCUAUGCCACUGUCUACAAAGGCAAAAGCAAGCUCACAGACAACCUUGUGGCACUCAAGGAGAUCAGACUGGAGCACGAAGAGGGGGCACCCUGCACUGCCAUCCGGGAAGUGUCCCUGCUCAAGGACCUCAAACACGCCAACAUCGUCACGCUACAUGACAUCAUCCACACAGAGAAGUCCCUCACCCUUGUCUUUGAGUACCUGGACAAGGACCUGAAGCAGUACUUGGAUGAUUGCGGGAACGUCAUCAACAUGCACAACGUGAAACUGUUCCUGUUCCAGCUGCUCCGUGGCCUGGCCUACUGCCACCGGCAGAAGGUGCUACACCGAGACCUCAAGCCCCAGAACCUGCUCAUCAAUGAGAAGGGAGAGCUCAAACUGGCUGACUUUGGCCUGGCCCGGGCCAAGUCAAUCCCAACAAAGACGUACUCCAACGAGGUGGUGACAUUGUGGUACCGACCCCCUGACAUCCUGUUGGGGUCCACAGAUUAUUCCACUCAGAUUGACAUGUGGGGUGUGGGCUGCAUCUUCUAUGAGAUGGCCACGGGCCGGCCCCUCUUCCCAGGCUCUACAGUGGAAGAACAGCUGCACUUCAUCUUCCGCAUCCUGGGAACCCCAACUGAGGAGACGUGGCCAGGUAUUCUGUCCAAUGAGGAGUUCAAGACAUACAACUACCCCAAGUAUCGAGCCGAGGCCCUUUUGAGCCAUGCACCCCGACUUGACAGUGAUGGGUCCGAUCUCCUCACCAAGCUGCUGCAGUUUGAGGGUCGCAAUCGGAUCUCCGCAGAGGACGCCAUGAAACAUCCAUUCUUCCUCAGUCUGGGGGAGCGGAUCCAUAAACUUCCUGACACUACUUCCAUAUUUGCACUAAAGGAAAUCCAGCUACAAAUGGAGGCCAGCCUUAGGUCUUCGUCAAUGCCUGACUCAGGCAGGCCAGCUUUUCGUGUGGUGGACACCGAAUUCUAAGCCGAGUACUAAGCCACAGACCCAGGCCCCAACAGGCAGCGGCUGGAGGGAUGCCACACCCCUCGCAGGGCAGCCCCCAACUGCAUCCCCUCUGCUUGCUGCCUGCCUACCUGCCUGACCCAUGCUCGCCUGCCCACAUGUCCCCUGCUGUCUGCCCCAACAUCCCACCCAUUGGCCUGUCAGCCCACCCAUUGGCCUGUCUACUGGGUGCUAACAAAGCUCUCAUGGCUCCUU